AUGCCGCAGUCCGUGUCGCAGUCCGUGUUGCAGAGGCAGGAGCUUUCUGAGCAGGAGCAGUCGAUGAGCCAGACAAGGCAAUUGCUCUCCUUCAAGCAUCCUCAGACCAAAACAGGAUGGACGCCGGGUCGCACCUGCAGUUUCCCACAAUUUCAAAACCACUCCGAUCAUGGCGCCGCCAAAGAAGAAACUGUUCGCAUCUGUCGGCGACUACGCAUCAGGCACAGAAACAGAGACGGAAAUGCCCGAACCCCCAAAGCCCAAGAGCAAAAAGAGCAUUUCGCUUCAUACGGCGCUGGCAAGAAACUUGGGAAGGCCCCCGCUUCGCCCAACAAGACCGAGCUGCCAGCGACCGGACGCUCGACACGCUCCUCGUCGAGACAGCCACGGACACGACCUCCUCCGCCGACACCAGCAACUUCAGUGCCCAAGUCUCCUGCCAAAUCGCCCACCAAGUCAUCUGCCAAGUCUCCCGUCAAGCCGGCCGUCGACGCCCCCGUCAAGUCUCCCGCCAAAAAGUCCCAGUCUCCAGCUCGCACCAGAGGCCGCCCUGCAGCUCCUCCACCUGCCACUGCCGACCAGCCAAAGCCCACGUCCCGUCGUGUCCGCACCGUCUCGCCCGCCAAGCGUCUGAUCGCAGACUCUCCACCACCCGAAGACCGCAUGAACCCCUUCCCUCCAAAGCCAGAACCCAUGACCGUCACCGACAAGCCCGCCGUCCGCAACCGUCACGGCGAAAAGGUCGUGGCUCCUGUCGAUAUCAAGCAAAAGAUGCGUCAAGCAAUCAACUUCCUGUCCGACGAUGGUGUCGAGAACCUGGCAGACUUUGAAGAGAAGCUGAACAGGAUCGAGGCCUGGCUGGACAAGAAUCACCCUGGCAUGGAUGGCAUCAUCGCAGACGGCGAAGACGACACCGAGUUGCUCUGCCGCAGGGUCCGUUACAUGAUCUGGGUCCACAAGGAGCGCAUCGAAGAGGGUGCCGAACAGUGGUUCACCCGCGACCAGUUCCCCGCCAGCCAGUCCAUGUACAAGCCCAUCAAGCCCAAAAAGGAUGACCCAUGGCGUUUGAAUCCCGAUUAUACCACGACCGGCAAGCCCGUGAACCCCAAGGAACAAGUCAUGCAGGCCCAGGACAGGGAUCGCUUCGUAAAGGCCCGCGCCGAAAAGGCUGCCGCUGCCAAAGCCAGUCCAAAGAAGGCAGUUGCCUCUACUACCCCCACACGACCCGAAUUGCCUCACCCAGAGAUCUGGCACCGCAAGGAGGCUGCACGUUUCCCCUACGGCGAGACUCCUUACAUGGAGCAAGUCAUGAGCAGACAGAUAACAGCUGAUCUGGCUCGUGGCAGAGAAGCCAAAGACGCCCUUGAAGGCGGCAAUUACUACGCUCUCAAGAAAGUUCUCGGAGACAUCAAGAACUACAUCCUCCCUCCAGCCCCACCUGCAGCUCCCUUUGACCCCUGGAAACUGCCUGAAGUCGCCUACGAGGACGUUUUGGAUGCCGAUCAGUGGAUGAAUGUCCUCAGCAAAGAGGAGACGACCGGCAGCAAGAGAAAGGCUGUACCCAGUAGAAGCCGCUCGCCUGCCAAGCGUAACAAAAAACUCACCUCUGUGCGAGCCGCCAUGCCAGAAGCAAACACCACACACCAUAUCCUCAACGCAACCAUGUCGAGCGAGCCCUCGUCACCCGCCUUUGUAAAUACAACAGCACCCCUCCAUCAAGAAAUCAAGAACCUCAAAGGAAAACUCGACGAAGUAAACUCCAACUUUGCCUACUAUGAAGAAUCCAACGAGAGGCUCGAAAAGCAAGUCGCAGACCAGAGCACGCAACUCGAUCUCAAAGACUCGAUCAUCUCAAGGCUGAAAGAGCACAUAGCAACACACCAAAAGGAACAUGACGAAACACACCAAGAAAAUGUAAAACUACGCCGUGAAUCUCUGGAUCUGGAGAGCUUGGUCAAGGCUAAUGAAAAGGAACUCAAGAGUGUUGUCGAGAUGGAAAGGACCAUCGAGGACCGCGAGGCAGAAGUUAGACACUACACUGCCGAGUUGACCUCGACACGCACCGAGCGCGACGAUAAAGUCACCGAAGUCAGGGGAUUGGAAGGAGAUAUUGCGAGAUUGCACCAGGAGCUGGAAGUCCGUGAUCAGGAAGUCGAGGCUCUGCAAAAGAGAAUCGAGAUCUAUGAGCGUCACAUCAGCAUCAGCAAAGACCUACCUGUUGAAGACUUGGACGAUGCACUCUAUGGAUUCAUGGAGAAAUGGUCUGCCAUACAAGCCGAUGGACCUUCUCCACCCAGAAAGCCCAAGCGAACUUCCAUCCGUGGCAUGAACCUUGCCGACGAAUUUGACGCCCUGAGUGAUGAAGACUAUGAUUCUGAAGGUGGAUAUGGGUCUGAUCAACGCAGUAUCCGCAGCUUUGACUCGCUGAGACCAAAGAAGAUGGAUGCUUCUGUUUUGGCCAUGUCGGAGAUUGAAUCUGUGGCUAUCCAUCCUUCGGUCAAGAAACCUGUUACCAUGACUUCUGCCGGUACUCAGAUGUGUCCCAAGCCUGUUCCACAGAACGCCAGCAAGGGAACCCAGACUACACCUGUCCUAUCUCCAAAGAAGACCUUCUCGGAAGUCAUCAGCAGUGGCGUCUCUACAAGCCCCAUUGCUGCUCCGGAGAAGCAAAAGAAGUCUUUCUCCGAGGUCAUCAGCAAUGGAGUUUCCACCAGCCCGAUCGCUGCUUUGAUUCAGAAGUUCACUCCUGCCAUGGUCAGUUCUGCUGCCCAGACGAGUCCUGAGCCGAGAAAGUCGUUCUCCGAGGUCUUGAGUGGUGGUGUUUCGACGAGUCCAGUCGAUGCAACUCCUUCUCCUCCAAAGUCUUUCUCCGAGGUCAUGAGCGAUGGAAUCUCGACAAGUCCAAUUGCCGCUUCUUCGACCAAGACUGCAUCAUCUUUGGAAGUUUUUACUUUCUCGGACGUCGCCAGCAACCGUGUUCAGACGAGCCCAGUUGCUCCUUCUCCAAGAACUGCCAUCCACUCUCCCAAGACUACAACCAUUGGAGUACAGACAGAUCUCACCAUCCCUUCACCUCUCGAGACUUUCUCCGAGGUUAUCAGUAGCGGGGGCGGCACAAGUCCCAUCACUCCUCCUCCCCAAACUGUAGUCUCUUCGCCAACCAGUGUACCUCUGCCAUCAAGUCCAUCCGCAAAAUCUCCUGUCUCUGUCAAGUCUCCGAAAUCUCCUCUGUCCAAGGAAGUCACUGAGGAGCAGACUGAUUUGGCAGAUACACUGCCCCCUCAACCCGGUAAAGCAGCAAGGGUCAACACCCUCAACAUCAAGCGUCCCCGCGUACCCACCAAAGACAUGUCACCGCAAACACUCCAACACUACAAAGCCGUCACUGCACCCACCACUCUCAACACCGACAUCCCCUCUACCUCUUCCUACCCCAACGAACCCCAAAGCCCCGCCCACAUAAUCACAGCCCUCAUCCCCUUCAUCCAAGACCUCGUCGCCGAAAUCCUCCUCCACUGGCGUCUCAUCUUGAUUCUCUAUUCUGCUGCUUAUUUGGGUGCUUCGUCGGCGAAUACUGCUGUGGAGUGGUCUUGGGCCAAUGCUAAUGGGUAUGCGCCUGAGAACAAGUAUUUGUUUGUGGGCAAAGCGAUGCCUGGGCAUGUUGGAGCGAUGGUUUGGGGUGUUGUGGGAUGGGUGUGGAGCUUGGUGUUUGGGCAUUGGGGACUCGGUGCUGUGGUCAGACUGCCGUUGUCUCCUGGAUGA